GACAGAAAACAUGCUGCUCUACGUGCUCAGUGUAUUCAGUGCAAUAUUUACAUUGUGCUCAACUGGAGAAUCUGAAUUUCCUUUAACCAUAUGCAAGCUGGAUUCAGAUGAUUAUUUGGCUUGUUUAAAACGAGUUGCGGAGGAGGCAUGGCCACGAUUUGUAGCAGGACUUCCAGAAUUUGAUAUUCCACCUUUGGAUCCGUUAUUUCAGAAAUACAUCAAAAUUGAAUUGGAUUCAGAUCAUAUACGUGGAGAAUUAAUUUUUUCAAAUCUCACUAUAACUGGUUUAUCAAAAAUUCGUGAUUUAAAUGUAAAACCGUAUUUUCUUGAUGACGUUUUCCACUUGGAAAUUGACGCAAACAUACCAAACAUAUCUUCAAAAGGUUUUAUAAAAGUAAACGGUAAUGUAAAUGCAUUCAGAAUUGCUAAUGAAGGACAUUAUAAUCUAACCAUGGAAGACAUCAGCGGAACUGCGAAUUUUGCAGGACAUGUAAUAAACGAUACAUGGAUUAUAGAACAUGUCCAUUUUGUUCCGUCAAUUGGAAAGUUUAAAUUGUAUUAUGAUGAUGUGGUCAAAGAAAACAAAGCAUUUACUGAUAUCAUCGUAAAUUUUGUAAAUGAAUACUGGCCAACGUUUUAUCAACCGGUAGUGUCAUUGUUGUCCGAUAAAAUGGAAAUGAUUUUUAUUGACUUGGUAAAUAAGUUCUUCUCAAAAGUGCCAUUCUCAAAAAUA